AUGUCCGGUGUCCUUUUGGACUCCCAAGGAAAUCUAUUGAGAUCUUUCACUACGGAUGCCACCAAGAGACACAAUGGCUUCCGAUUGGAAUACAUCGAAGCUGGAGACUACUGCCUCAAGAUUUCAGACCCCAACAAUAUCUAUUCAAACUCUCAAGUUGGCAUCGACAACAAAUUCAACUCUAGCUCCACGUAUUGUUUCAAGGUGGACGACACCACCACAGACUCAUUCCAUCAGUUUCCCGUGGUGUCAGCCGGAUUUGUUGCAUCCAAUAUACCUCCUACCUACACCAUACGUGGAUAUUCAUGGAUUGACACCAAUAACGACGGUGUGUCCAACCCUGGCGAGCCAUGGUUGGACGGAAUGAAGGGCGUUCUGACUGACAUCAAUGGCAAAGUUCUCCAGAACUUCACCACUGAUGCCUCCAAGGCAUAUGAUGGGUUUAGAUUUGACAAAAUGCCUGCUGGAGGAUAUUGUCUCAAGAUUACCGACCCUAAGGGAAACUACUUCACUGGACCAAUUGGAACCGACAACAAGUUCAACUCAACUGGCCAAUACUGUUUCUCUCUUGACUCGACCACGGUUGACGCCAGUGGUAUUCUCAAUAUUCCUUCCGGAUUCACUCCCAAACCACCUCCCAAGUACACCAUUCGUGGAUACUCUUGGAUUGACUCCAACUCAAACGGAGAUGACAAUCCUGGCGAGCCAUGGUUGGGUGGAAUGAAUGGCGAGUUGACCGACAGCAAUGGCAACCUGCUCCAGAGCUUCAUCACAGACGCCGCCAAAUGGAAAGAUGGCUUCAGAUUCGACAACAUGACUCAAGGUGGAUACUGUCUCAGGAUUACCGACCCACAACGAAACUUUUCUACCGGUCCUAUUGGAAAUGACAACAAGUUCAAUUCAAACGGCCAAUACUGUUUCUCACUUGACUCAACCACCGUUGACUCCAAUGGUACUCUCACUAUUGCCGCUGGAUUCAUCAAAGUGCCCAAGUACACCAUUCGCGGAUACUCAUGGAUUGACACCAGUAAGGAUGGAGUGUCAAAUGCUGGAGAGCCAUGGUUGGGUGGAAUGAAGGGCGAGUUGACCGACAUCAAUGGCAAGGUGCUCCAGAACUUCACUACCGAUGCCUCCAAAGGGUUUGAUGGUUUCCGUUGCGAGAACUUGAUCCAAGGAAGAUAUUGUCUCAAGAUUACCGAUCCACAGGGUAACUACGCCACGGGACCAAUUGGAACUGACAACAAGUUCAACACGGCUGGCCAAUACUGCUUCUCGCUUGACUCGACCACCGUUGACGCCAAUGGAAACCUCAACAUUGCUGCUGGAUUCACAAAGAUACCCAAGUACACAGUCCGUGGAUACUCUUGGAUUGACACCAGCAAUGAUGGAGUGUCAAAUGCUGGAGAGCCAUGGUUGGGUGGAAUGAAGGGCGAGUUGACUGACAUCAAUGGCAAGGUGCUCCAGAACUUCACAACCGACGCCUCAAAAGGAUAUGAUGGUUUCCGUUGCGAGAACCUGCUUCCUGGCAGAUACUGUCUCAAGAUUACCGAUCCACAGGGUAACUACGCCACGGGACCAAUUGGAACUGACAACAAGUUCAACACGGCUGGCCAAUACUGCUUCUCGCUUGACUCGACCACCGUUGACGCCAAUGGAAACCUCAACAUUGCUGCAGGAUUCACCAAGAUACCGAAGUAUACUAUCCGUGGAUACUCUUGGAUCGACACCAGCAAGGAUGGAGUGUCCAAUCCUGGAGAGCCAUGGCUCGACAAGAUUGAUGGCCAGUUAACUGACAGCAAUGGCAAUGUGCUCCAGAACUUCACCACAGAAGCCGCCAAGGGUUAUGAUGGCUUCCGAUUGGACAACUUGAUCCAGGGCAGAUAUUGUAUCAAGUUGACCGACCCCAAAGGUGCCUACGUCCCCUCACCCAUUGGAGCUGACAACAAAUUUGACUCAACUGGACAGUACUGUUUCAUGAUCAACUCAACUACAGUUGACAGCAGCGGAAACUUCAACGUGCCAGCAGGAUUCGUUCCAGUGGAAUAUACCAUUCGUGGAUAUUCAUGGAUAGACACAAGCAAAGAUGGCGUGUCCAACUCUGGCGAGCCAUGGUUGGGAGGCAUGAAGGGUGAGCUGACUGAUAAGGCUGGUAAUGUUCUCAAGACUUUCACUACUGAUGCAUCCAAGUUUUAUGAUGGCUUCAGAUUGGAAAACAUUACCGCCGGAGACUACUGCAUCAAAAUGAACGACCCACAAGGUACCUACGUAACUGGUCCAAUUGGUGCUGACAAUAAGUUUGACAGAACAUCCAAGUACUGUUUCAUUGUCGCCCCUACAACAGUCGACUCGAGCAAGGCCUUCAAUGUGGCAGCAGGAUUCAUCUAUGUUUAA